AUGCUUUUCAUCUUGACUUUCUCUUCUAUAUCAGUUCAAGCAAUCAGUGUCCCACUAGGAUAUCAAGAGCUAAUGAUUACUGAAGAAACAGAUCUCAGUUUGAAACCAUAUAAUUUUCCAACCAAUACAUAUAUUCAUUCAGUAUUUCUUAACAAUGAAGAUUUUAUUUAUCUUUCAAAAUCGUAUGUUCAAUUAAGCAGUAGUUUUCAACAUAAAAUCAAAGCACAAAAUUAUCCGAUUAAAUUAAAAUUUUGUAUAUUCAAAAGCGAAAAUGCAUGGGGCCAUCAAUAUCUAAUUGUUUUUAAUGGUGGAGAUGGCAUAAACUAUUUAGAUAUACCUUUCGGUAAAUUGCAAAUUGUUCUAUUUCUUAGUACAACAGAAUUCAAUUAUAAAAUUGAAAAUAUUACUUAUGGUUUAUAUCAGUCAGGCGAAUUUGAUGAUCCUCUUCAAGCAACUGGUAAUAUUGAUUGUCAUAAUCGAAAAUUCUUAAUGAUAACGGCACAUUUUAACAGAAUCUAUUUUAAAGCAGAAAAAGUUAAUAAAAACAUUGAAGCUCAGGGAUUCAUAAUUGAUCCUGAUAAUGUAACUCGAUUAAAUGAAAGUUAUACAUUUGGAACAGGGUUAAGAGCAAUAUUAGGAAAGUAUGAGUAUUUAGUAGAUGAAAAUCCAAUAACUUUAACUAUUUCUGAGCAAUCUAUCAACAGCGCUCAUUAUAUCAUUGCCCAUGAGUGUAAAGAUAUACUUUAUCAAGAUAAUGAUAACUGGAAGAAUUUUCCUGUAAUACAAUCUAUCGGGCAUACUGGUAGUAUCACAAUUAAAUCAAAAUCUGGGACAAAAAGUCUUAAAAUCCAGGUAAUAUCUUAUUUCAAUCCGAGCGGAACACUAAAACAUGUAGAUUUUGUGUUAAAUCCAGAAAAUGAGAAAGUUUAUGUUGGAGAAACAUCAAACAGCUCUGAAAGAGUAAUAUUCGCAUCAUGGUAUCCGAUGACAUUCACAGAAUACUUUAACUACACUGCAAAAGUUGAUAUGACAACUCCUGUUUUCGGACAAGGUAUAAAUUAUGUCUAUGAAAGUGGAUAUGAACUUAGAUAUGUUUUUUAUGUUUGCUACCAAUUUCGUUCUUAUGGAACUUUUACAUUUGGAGGAUAUAAUUUCCAAUCUAUGUUAAAUGAAGAUAUGACAAAUUUCAAUAGAGGAAUUUAUAAUUUUACCAAAGAUUCAGUAUUAGAAGAAAAACAAAUAGAUGACAUAGAAGUUUAUGUUAAAUACUCUGGUGUUUAUAGGGUAAAUACAAAGCUUCCAUUCAAAGAAAAUGAAUUAAGAACUAUUGUUCUUUCCUCUCAGAACACACAUUAUUCAUUUAUAAUUUUCAAGAAUGCCCACGAGUUUAUGUUAGAAGAUGGCUCUCCUCUCAUUCCCGUAUAUUCAUCCACAAAAGGGGAUAUAGUUGUAAAUAAAAUUAGACCAAGAAAUGGAGCUUCAGAACUGGAUAUUGUAUACAAAACAAAUUUUUACUCUGAUAAAACAUCAGUUGACAUAAUCUAUAAUGAUUUUGAUAUAAUGUUCCGUUCCAAACUUGAUGAAAGAACCAAUAUAAUCAUUGUUUUAUCUUCAGUUAAUUCGGAAAUAUGCAAAUUUCAUGAUUAUAUCCAUCAAAAAGGAAAUUAUUUUGAAUUAGGUAGAGAAGAUGUAGGAGUUUAUUCAUUUAAGAACUUAACAGAGUUACCAGAAGGAGCUGUAAAAGGUAGACAUAAAAUAAAAGGUCUCAAAUCAAUAUUUGAUGUUCCAACGUAUUAUAUUGAUGAUGCUGAAAUUAAGACAAUUACUGUUAAUGAAAAUGAAACUCGAGUUUAUGCAAAUCAUUAUCCAGUAGAUGAGAAAUUCCAUUUUUAUAGUGAAGGUGAUUUAGUAAUUGAACAAAAAGAUAGCUCCUAUUCAAUCAAAUCAAACUCAGGACCCCAAAAUAUGAAAAUAGGCAAAUAA